AUUGUCAUUACAUUUUUCAUUCAAAUACAAGUAGAAAAGGUAAAAAUUUGAAAAAUUGUUAUAUUCUGAAUUGUUCAAACGAGAUAAAUAAUGGAAAACGAACUAGAAGAUAUUUUGGACUUAAAAGAUCGCGCCGUACACAAAAUUGUAUUCGGCGAAGGCCUUUUAAAAUCGUUAGAAACUUUCAAACAUAUUGAAGGUUCCCAAAAACUGGUCCGCAAAAUAAACCAAGAACUGAAAUUCUUGAGGAAGGCUUGCAAGAUUAAUUCGUUGAAGAAGGAGCACCUUCAAUGUUCUAACCUAACACAUUUUUCUGCGCUCAUAAACGUCCUGAAAACUGUGGACCGUUGCCAAAGUUUAAACAAAGUGUUCUUAUUAGACGACAGGAAAAUAACAGUUGAUAUUAUAAGCGAUGGUGGUUUAACUUGGACUAAAGUAAUAGCGAGAAAUCCAAAAUCAGUCAGUCAGAUUUGCAUGGGAAAUUCGAGUUUCGGUGUCAGGAGUAUCAUAGAUCAAGCGGAGGAUUAUGUGGAUUGCGCCAAACUUCACCCUUGUUUAUUUCAGUCACCUAAAAUAAUUUUUGUUUUUACCAAUGGAAUAGGAAGUCAUAUAGCAGCAAAAUUGGAAUCUUACGGAAUCACUGUUCAAGGGGACAGAGUUAGUGAUAAUCCAUUAGACUCGGACUCCGAUUGUGAUAUAGAAGUCGAUCCUGAACAUCCGAUGUGCAUGAGGAUUCCAAAUGUAUCCGAUUUGUCCACAAAAAAUAUAUCCACUAUAAACAAAGUGAAUCUUGACGUCUCAGCAAUGCUAGCUUAUUGCAGCUCUGUCACUAAUGGAAGUGCGGAAUUGUACGAUUUUAACGUAUCCGUUUUGAAGCAGCAAGCUGAAUGGGAGAGACUGCGACCUCAGAAGCCUAUUUUAGAUGCCUUUUUCCACGACAAAAUCCUUUAUUGUUGUCAAACUGCCAAGGAUAAUUUCGUGAAUAUUGUAGAAACAGUUGGGGGACCCACUGAGAAGAUCAGAGCUAAAGAAUUGUUAAAUAGACUUAUCGUUCUGCCGGACGAUGCUGAUUAUACUCACACUACUGAUGGUGAACAGUUCAGAGAUAUAUUCGAUAAGGUCCAAUACGCGGAAGAGAAAAUUCUCGAAGUCGGCGGGAAAAUUAAAAAGAGAUCGUUUAUUGUGUUUACUUUUGGGGACAGAAUUAGAGCUGUAACGGUAACUGCCAAUGAUGGGUUUGUUAGGGCCGCAAAACAACAGGGCAUAAACUUUGUCGUCUUUAUUCACGAAUCUCGAGCUUUAACAGAACAAAAGGAAAAAAUUAAAGCCAUUCCUAUUGAGAAAUAACAUUGAGAUGUUUCGCAAACUUUUAAACCCCUCAAGUUUGUGCAUUAGUUUAAUUUUAUAAUUUAAAUGAGCCACUAAAAGACAAAUAAAUGCUUUAUUAAUACAAUU